UCCGUGCGUAAAGCUCCUCAACACCAAACGGACACAGCGCAGAUUCAACCUCUGCUUCACUAUUCGGAAGAAACCAAACUAAAGAAAAUAGUCCUUGAGGUUUUCGUCUAACAAUUAAUGAUUCAAAGCUGAGCUUUUUUUGUGUUUACGUGUGAGAGAGAGUUUCCCCCCCCCACUACAGCAGUUAUUUUCCUUACAGUCUGCACAGAUGCCUCGCACCCGAGCCACUGCACCGCCUCGAUUAAUUUAUUAUAAGGUAAACAACGUAAGAUGCAAAUGAAGGAUACUGUGGCAGAUCACUUUGGAUGCUCUUGGAUUUAACAGCGGCUACCUGUCAAAACAAAGAUUCAGUCAAACUUAUGGCGUGAAGGGCCCACUCCUGGCCUGUGUCACUCCCAGCUAAUGGAUGUCUUUACCCAGUAUGCCUACAACGACAGUUUCUUUGACAAUGGAACGUUCAACGAAACAGAUCAGGAACAGAAGCACCCGUACAAUUACUACGCCAUGCUGCUUACCCUGCUCAUCUUUGUCAUUGUCUUCGGCAACGUGCUGGUGUGCAUGGCCGUGUCUAGAGAGAAGGCUCUGCAGACCACCACCAACUACCUGAUCGUCAGCCUGGCUGUCGCUGACCUCCUGGUGGCUACACUGGUCAUGCCCUGGGUCGUCUAUUUAGAGGUAGUGGGAGAGUGGCGCUUUAGCAAGAUCCAUUGUGACAUCUUUGUCACUCUGGAUGUGAUGAUGUGCACGGCCAGCAUCCUCAAUCUCUGUGCCAUCAGCAUUGAUCGCUACACAGCAGUUGCGAUGCCAAUGUUGUACAACACCCGUUACAGUUCCAGGAGACGGGUGACAGUUAUGAUCUCGGUGGUGUGGGUGCUGUCUUUCGCCAUAUCGUGUCCCCUGUUGUUUGGCCUUAAUAAUACAGCCACUCGCGAUGAGUCCCUCUGUGUUAUCGCAAACCCGGCCUUUGUGGUGUACUCCUCCAUUGUGUCCUUCUAUGUCCCCUUCAUCAUCACUCUUCUGGUUUAUGUGCAAAUUUAUGUGGUCCUGAGGAAGCGCAGGAAACGCGUCAACACCAAACCAAAGCAGCGUGUAUGUCAGACUGCUGACCCUGAUGUGGCCGCUUCUCUAAAGGAUAAGUGCACUCAUCCAGAGGAUGUACGGUUGUGCACCAUGAUUGUUAAAACAAAUGGGAGUUUCCCUGUCAAGAAGAAGAAAGUGAUUUUCAUCAAAGAUGGAGUCCAUGAGGGGGAAGAUCUGGAGCUGGAUGAGCUGAACAACAGCAGCUGCUGCCAUAACCAGAAGCAGCAGCCUCAGGGUGCUCUCGGAGACACUCCAGCCACCAGCCACCAACUACUGAUGCCCAACAAAGCCAACGCCAGCCCCACAUCGUCUCCUCCCACUCCCCCCGAGGAGAGCCAGAAAGCAGAGAAAAAUGGAGAUCCUAGCAGGGAGGCCAUAAGGGAUCCUGCACCUGUCGUGACGAAAGCCUUUCAGACACAGGCUUUACCUAACGGCAAGACCCAGACAUCUGUGAGGACCAUGAGCAAGAGGAAGAUCUCCCAGCAGAAGGAGAAGAAGGCCACGCAGAUGUUGGCCAUCGUCCUGGGUGUAUUCAUCAUAUGUUGGCUGCCAUUUUUCAUUACACACAUCCUGAACACCCACUGCACAAAAUGCAAGGUCCCCGCUGAGAUGUAUAAUGCUUUCACUUGGCUGGGCUACGUGAAUAGUGCUGUAAAUCCCAUCAUAUACACCACUUUCAACGUGGAGUUCAGAAAGGCGUUCAUUAAGAUCUUGCACUGCUAAACCGCAUCGUCAGUCUGCUCAGACUGAGGGAGGAGUGAUAAAUAAAAGAAUCUCUUCUAGCAAAUACCUCAUCCUGUUAAGGAAAUAAAACGCAUCACAGAGGAAAGCAGCUUUGUAAAGUUGUGAAGCUGAGUGACUGAAAAAAAGACAGUGUCUCGUAAAAAAAGACGUGUUGGCUCUCAAUGUGAAUCGUUUGUGGAGUAACCGUUCUCCAAAUCGCUGAAUGUAAAACAAGAAAUGUCUGUAACAAUGAGCUGUUUCAUGGAGAAGAGAGAAGUUGUAACAUUGUUUAUUAAAAAUCAUUGUGCUUGUCACAUAAGGGGCCAUCUGUGUAUACCACACACACACAAAUUGCUAUUUAUUGUGCGUGUACUUUAUGUUUAGAUGAUGGAUAUUUUUUGCAAAUCUUAUAGCUAUCAAGUCAAUGUUCAUUGCAGUGUUAAAACUGAUACGUGAGCUCUUAUUCUGAAAAACCUAUCAAAGACUGGAAUGUGUGUUACAGAGACAUUUUAAUGUGGCCAUGCCAAUAUCCACAUAUGUACAAUUUCAUAAAUUGAAAACCUAUAUUAUUAAUGUAGUAAAUUAUUUAUUAUUAUUAUUUAUUAUUUGCUGUACAGAUUUUUCUCUAUACAUAAACUGUGAUUAUAUGCCUGAAAUCGAAAUGUGAUGCAUGUUACACUGCUUCUCUUCUUGACUUCUCAAGAAAUGUAUGUUUAACAAAAAGAAAUGACAAAAGAUAAAUAAAUGAAGUGAUGAGACACUAUGAGGUAUCACAUGGUAAUCAGUGUUUGCAGUGUAUAAGGAUACACACGUGAAUGGGUGAGAUAUUUCCAGCUCCAGUUUGAAGUUUCAGUAAUGUUGUUUACUGCCACUAACCCGCAGCAGUGGAGUUCUUUUGCAGCAAACUAAUGAUCUGUGGAUUCCACAACUUCCAGGUAAAACCAUGUGGAUGUGUGUGACCCCUGAAGCAGCUCCCUGGGGUCUGUUGUAAGAAAGAGUGAGGAGAAACUUGGCAAAACUGAAAUAAUAGUUGGAGAAGUUCAUCUAUGUGUUUCCUCUUGUUUUUUGUUUAUUUUUUUUGCGGGCGACAAAUCUUGCACAACUUUUCGUUCAACAAUACAGACAUUACUUGACAAAGAUAUGUUAAUGUUUCGCUGAAUACCAGCCAUUUAGUACUAUAGCUAAAGUAAAAUCAUUCACUCUGUCAUUGUGAAGUCCUACAUUCAAAUGCAGACAAGAAAAUAAAGUAUUUUGAAAAAUG